AUGAGGUUGCAAGAACUUCAAGAUGCUAUAAACAAACUUCCAUUGAGACAUCCAAUUGACGUCAAAUUGUAUUGGAGAGCAUCUGAGUUAGGUCAGAAGGUUUUAUAUGAAACAGGUUGCUUCGACGAUGUUUAUGAGAUAGCAGGCGAAGUUUCUCAGAAGAUAAGAGACUCACUUGAAUUUCCACGAACUGGACCCAUUGGUUGCGACAAGUUCGACUCAGAUGAAAAGAUAUACUAUGUCGACCUUAACGCUGCGUACAUGAGGUUCGUCCAAUAUAUCCCGACUGGAAUUCCAAACGAAGACGGUGAGUUCCCAGGAAGGAACUAUACAGUUGGAAAAGUCAUACAACAACUGUAUGAUAUUAGGAAAGCUUCAAACCCCAAACUUGCAAUGACACUCAAAUUGCUUAUGAAUUCGACAUGGGGAUAUUCCAUUAAGAAACCUCAAAAGAUGAAGAGUAAACACUAUGAGAAGGUCGACAACUUUGUUGAAAGGUUCUCCCCUUUUGUUUUGAAAUACGAAUUUACUCAAGGUCAAGGUGGCUUAGUAACCACAGUAAAACCUAUUGUCGAACAUUGGUCUUACCCUCAGUUCGCAAAGGCAGUCCUUGACAACUACAACAAAUUCUUCUCCGAAGUUAAAUCCAAAGUGAAGGUUUACUAUGAGAACAUCGAUGCGCUCAUGACGAACGAAGAAGGCUAUAACAAACUCAUUGAAAUGGGAAUGGUCGGUGAAAAGAUGGGUCAAUUCAAAUUGGACAAAAUUUUCACCGAAGUUCAUGUCCUCUCCAAGCGUAAGUACUGGGGCAUACUUGAAGACGGCACAGAAAUAAAACAUUGCAUGAAAUAA